AUGCUGUGCUAUGUACUUGAAAAAGUUCAGCCAAGUCGCGAUAUUCAAAGCCCCUGGUACAUUCCCGAGUCAUCGUAUUCCGGAAAAUAUCUGCCUCGCUACUGUAAUGGUCCAACAUAUUUGAUAAGUCCUGCAGCCUUAUCAGCACUCAUGCAAGCCACCAAGAAGGCUGAGGUUUUCGAAGUCGAAGAUGCCUUCUUCACAGGUGCAUUGGCAGCGUUGGCUAAUGUACAGAUACGAGAGCAAACAGGGAUUUGGAAUCGAGUGGUAAGGUUCAUCUGCAAGGCUUGA